AGGGAAGGCGGCGGGGGGGAAUCUCGCGAGGGUUGGAGUUUUGGCGAGAGUUUGUGGAAGAUGGCGCCUGUUGUGACAGGUCUUUGAAAUUAUGAGACUAUCAUUCAAAUGGAAGCAUUAUAGUUCUUCGCAACCAUUAUGAUCUCAAAAGGAAAAGAGAAUGAUACAGAUACACUGGCUGAGGUGUUUUGAGGUGCAUCGAAGUGUUCCAGGCUGUGACCUUCCUUAACAUGUUCUUGAAGGACCAUGGCGUGGAUUAAAAGGAAAUUUGGUGAGCGACCGCCACCCAAGCGACUCACUAGGGAAGCUAUGCGAAACUAUUUAAAAGAGCGAGGGGAUCAAACAGUACUUAUUCUUCAUGCAAAAGUUGCACAGAAGUCAUAUGGAAAUGAGAAAAGGUUUUUUUGCCCUCCUCCUUGUGUGUAUCUUAUGGGCAGUGGAUGGAAGAAAAAAAAAGAGCAAAUGGAACGUGAUGGUUGUUCUGAACAGGAGUCUCAACCUUGUGCAUUUAUUGGGAUAGGAAAUAGUGACCAAGAAAUGCAGCAGCUGAACUUGGAAGGAAAGAACUAUUGCACAGCCAAAACAUUGUACAUAUCUGAUUCAGACAAGAGAAAACACUUCAUGUUGUCUGUAAAGAUGUUCUAUGGCAACAGUGAUGACAUCGGUGUGUUCCUCAGCAAGCGGAUAAAAGUCAUCUCCAAGCCAUCCAAAAAGAAGCAAUCGUUGAAAAAUGCGGACUUGUGCAUUGCCUCCGGAACAAAGGUGGCUCUGUUUAAUCGCCUUCGGUCCCAGACAGUCAGCACCAGAUAUUUGCAUGUAGAAGGAGGUAACUUCCAUGCCAGUUCUCAGCAGUGGGGAGCAUUUUACAUUCAUCUCCUGGAUGAUGAUGAAUCAGAAGGAGAAGAAUUUACAGUGCGAGAUGGCUACAUCCAUUAUGGACAGACGGUCAAGCUCGUGUGCUCGGUUACUGGCAUGGCACUCCCAAGAUUGAUAAUUAGGAAAGUUGACAAGCAGACGGCAUUGCUGGAUGCAGACGAUCCUGUGUCUCAACUCCAUAAAUGUGCAUUUUACCUUAAGGAUACGGAAAGAAUGUACUUGUGCCUUUCUCAAGAAAGAAUAAUCCAGUUUCAGGCCACUCCAUGCCCCAAAGAACCCAAUAAAGAAAUGAUCAAUGAUGGCGCCUCCUGGACAAUCAUCAGCACAGACAAGGCAGAGUAUACCUUUUACGAGGGCAUGGGCCCUGUCCUCGCCCCAGUCACCCCUGUGCCUGUCGUAGAAAGUCUUCAGCUCAACGGCGGCGGAGACGUAGCAAUGCUUGAACUCACAGGCCAGAAUUUCACUCCGAAUUUACGAGUGUGGUUUGGGGAUGUAGAAGCGGAAACCAUGUACAGGUGUGGGGAGAGCAUGCUCUGUGUCGUCCCAGACAUUUCUGCAUUCCGAGAAGGCUGGCGAUGGGUCCGGCAGCCAGUCCAGGUUCCAGUAACUUUGGUCCGGAACGAUGGAAUCAUUUAUUCCACCAGCCUUACCUUUACCUACACGCCAGAACCAGGGCCGCGGCCUCACUGCAGCGCGGCAGGAGCCAUCCUCCGGGCCAACUCCAGCCAAGUGCCCCCCAGCGAGUCCAACACAAACAGCGAGGGAAGUUACACAAACGCCAGCAGCAACCCGGCCAGCGUCACAUCGGCAGCCACCGUGGUGUCCUAACCACCGUCUUUUUGCUGGGACCUGACUGACUCGAGGGUGGCAAAAAGUUGACAGAAAAAGGAAAGAGGAAAAAAAGAACAAUCUUUUUGUGGUUUCUUGGGAAAACUUUUCAUACCAGGUGAUCCUGUUCAAAGCCCCCGUUACCUGCAAGUGCUGAUUUGAAAUGCAGAAGCCACAGUAAAACAAAAACAACAUCCAAAUGUACAAACUAUCGGAAUCGAGUUUUCGGCUGUGUUUUUUUUUUUUUGUCGUUGUUUUUGUGUUGUUUGGUUGGUUGCUUUUUGGUUGGUUCUGUUUAAAUGGGCCAGAAAUAGAUAUGUGGCUGGAAUAUAAGUUAAGCAAACUAGAAGGCAAAAAUUAACCUAGUUUUUACGGACCAAGGAACUUGUAUAAGCUUUAGUAAAAGGUACAUUUUCACCAUGCCUUUUUUUAUAUCGCAAUAUAUAGUACACUUUGUUACCAAAUAGGCUCUUCUCCCCACCCCUUUGAGCUUUUGCUCUAAAGUACAUGCAGGUUCCAAGCCGGACCAUGCUUGUUUAAUCUCUGAUUACCAUAUUCCAGGUUGUUCUGUUCUGUUCUGUUUUGUUUUGUUUUUUGGUCCAAGGCUGGAACUUCUUUUUUUCUUGUAAGCUGAAGUCUUCAUGACUUUCCGUGAGCUGAAGUCAUUUAGAUUUCAGCAAGUCAAAUCCUGUAAAGGCCUGCAUUUUUUUUUUUUUUUUAAGAUUAAAUGAAGUCUGUGCAAAAGCUUUAAAAGAAAUGCCUCUGCCUUGCCUGCCACAUGCAGUGGACAUCACCCGUAGUCUCUGUCCUCAACACUGUGGGAGUUCUUCUGGGCGUGUCCCCCCCCCCCUUUUUUUUUUUUAAGAAAUUGUAUUUAUAGCGGUAAUCCAAGAAGUUCUAACAUUGACGUGGGAUUCACUGUGGCCAUUUAGUUAAUGAGUUAAUGGCGCAGAACACGUUGGUAUUUGAAGUGUUGGCUCCCCUUUUCCCGUACGUAAAUACAUCUGUGUGUUCCCGAAUGUGUUCAGGUCCUUCCCCCGCCCCAAUAUUGUACAUAACUUGUAUUAUGUGUAAGUUAAACGUUUUAUUUUGAACUUGGAAUGUUCCCAGUGAUUUCAUUCAGCAGGGUCUUUUCUGCCUUGUUGGCAAAUGGAAAAAAAUUGAUAUCAUGAGAAUUAUUUGCUAUCAAUUGGUAACGGUGCCCUUAUGGUAGAAUGAGGAAAAUCUCAGCCGGAAGCAUGCUUCAUUUCCUUUACCUCUUGUUUUCAUUUUGUUUUGUUUGGUAGCCUAGGCCAAAACAUCAUUGUAACCUGUAAACAUAAGAUGCUUUUAUUAGGUGAUAAACUCAAAUAGCUGGAAGACAGUACUUUAGAAACAGAUAGUUGUAAGUUUAUAAAAAUGCAAAUGUAACUUAAGUUUCCAUUUCCCUCUCUGCCUUUUUUUGGUCUCCUCUUCCCCAGUACUGAGCAUCUCCGCCAAUGUCUCCUGCUCAGAAGACGUUCCCUUUCAGUUGCUGCGUGCCUGCGCUCGGGGCCGAGUGUGGCCCUGCACGCUCACGUUGCCGGUAGGACGUCGCUGCCGUUCUCGCACUUUGGUUCGGCCUUUGUUCAGCUUAGAAACUGCAGCAGUCUGGUUGGACGACAGUAGUACAGGAGCCAUGUGUGAAAUGUCACAGGACGCAGUCUAGUAAUACAAUCUUCCUUCUUAGAGUAAAAUCUACCUCUAGAUCGUGGUAAGCUUUUACUGUCCCAUAAAACAAGAGCCACAAGUACCUUAGGAGUGCAAAACUGUAACUUCCCGCAGCGUCCCCGGCGUCUCUGCUGCCCUGGGCUAGUUUUCAGACGUUUCCAGCGUUAGACUUUGUAGACGUCGUCUGCUAGGAGCCUUUCCCCCUGCUUUGCUGUCUUCAUCUGUCUUCUGCUUAGACUCUGCCACUGUAAAUACUGCCCCCAACAUCUGCAAAUUGCCUUUUCCUCCGUUUUCAAGGGGAAAGUCCUUUGUAACACACGAGGUGGUUAAAUCGAUGUUGUUGCGGUUUUCUCUUACUGCAAGCCUUUUUAAUCACCCCAGGCUGCAUUAUACUAUAUAUAAAUAAAGAAAUAUAUAUCUCGCCUUUUCAGAUCUGCUCCAGUCACUCACUCCUCUCUUGUAAAUUAAUCCUGCCUCACACCUUAAAUCUGUGAUCAAGGGCAGAACUCAUUGUGGCCUUAUCUUUCUUUGUUGUAACUGUUCACUGGCUUUUACUUGCAAACUUGCUUAUUUCUGGGUAGUACUUAUUCUCUCUGUCACGUCAUGGGAAGUAAUUACUACACAGUGCUUUGUAUUCGGAGUGUGAAGGUAUUUUCCAUGCUGCUUUACUUUGAAUGGGCCACAAGUUUCCUCCACUUCCUAUUGAUGGUUAGUCAAGAAAUUAGCUGAUAACAAAGGAGAUGCUUUUGAAGAACAAACUAUUCCCUACCCAGCGUUGUAGCUCAAAGUAACUUUUCAAGUUCAUGGAUUUAUCAGAAUGAACUUCUGCCUUUUUAAAAUGUUUGUGUCUUACUUGGGUUCUUGGUUUCUUUGAACAAGGUGGUUGAAAUGUUGGCCUGUACACCGCCACCACCCUUUUAUUUCUGAGAAGUCCAGGAACAGUCACAGGCGUCCCCCCCCUCCCCCCCACCCCGCGUUCUGCCGCCGUCAUCCUGGACACUUAACGAGGUGUGCGGCAGCCUGUUGUUCACCAUUCUUUCGUCAGCUGCUUGUUCAAAAAUAGAAAAAGCCCUUCCCGUGGGCUUGUGGGUCAUUUCUAGUGCGGAACUGAUAGUAGGCAUCAUGUCUGUGAGGUACAGCCGAGUGUGUCUCACCCCAGCACAGGCACUUCAGCGAUGCUGGGGUGUUGACCCUCAUGGAGACUCCUAGAGCAAAGCAGAUGUCAGAGAAAGCGUAGGAGGUUAGUUCUUUUUAUUUUUUCUUUAAAAGUGAGAUUUCAGAAGUGUAUCUUAGGCUCUCACAAUCCUAUGGAGUUUCUACAAAUAUGCUUGGAUGCUGAGCUGUGAGCCAAGCCAUUGUAUCCAUUCCAUUAAAUGUACCACACAGACUGGGAAGGCGAGCUGCAGACUUUCAUGUAAAAUGCCCUUUGUACUUUGAAUGAGGUCAGAGUUGAACACUAGAAUAAUAUUUAACCUGCUGCUGACUUUGCUUAAACUGUGGCAACUACAGGCAUCCUCAGUGUACGAGUUCAUUGGUGAACUACUUGUCCCUUGUCACUGCACCGACUUACUUGUGGUCGUAACUGGUUUUGCUUUUGCUUUUAAUGAGACUGGUGCCCGCUGUGCCCUCACAGAAAAUGUCCAGCACCGUUUUUGAGAACUAACCUAACUAGUCAUGGAAACCAGAAAAUCCGCAGGGGAGGGAGGGUCCUUUUGGAAACAAAAUGCUCUUCAAUUAUUAACCAAGUUACUUUGAUUUCAAAAGCAGCUGUGUUUCUGAUGAGUACUGAACAACUGUGUGUAGGUUUCUGUGCCAGCCUUUUGCCUUUGUUUCCAAGCACUGUAAUGUGGGAUGGAUGGUUAGAAACAAUAAUAUAUUAGGGUUUCUAUUUAACCCUUUCAGGACUGAACUGUAUCUCCUUUCAUUCCUUUUUUCCCCUGUGUCGUGAUCAAUGUUUGCCGGCAUUCAGUGCUGUGUUGGUCCAGAUGUAGGUCUCUGUGCUCAUGUUUAGCUGAUUUCUCAUACCUUGCGGCAUGCUCUAUGCAUUCAGUCCUUAAGGGGUUUAUUUUACAAACUGUGCGCCUGUAAGGUUUAUUAGCAAUAAGAUAGAAAAUCGAGCAAGUUUAUACCAUAAUUUUGUAGAAAAAAAAAGAAUCUGCUCAGUUCCAUAUUUCAUCCAUGAAAAACCUGCAAUACGGGCAGUUUCCAGGAAUAAAUAAAAAGGAAAAUGUAAACCAUUGUAAACGUUGUGCGUUGGAUGUCCUGGUGCAUGUAUUACCUCCUUCGAUUCUAGAACAUUUCAUAAA